ACACACAAUUAGCUGUUUGCAUUUUCUCUGCAGGUGUCCAUGAUGGCGGUGGAUGAGAUGUACGGAGAUCUGCCGAUGAUGGAGAGAGAUCGAUACUGGAACGACUCCAACCCCAGACCUCCCUACACUGCCGCCACUCUCUUUGUCCUCCGCAAACCUUCCUUCCAAGGGUCCACUUUCGACAUGGCGAUCCCUAAGGAGGAGAUGCACUUCCAGCCUCUGGAGGACAUCGCUGAGAACAUGGAGGAGUCAGGCAGUUAUCACCCCAACAUGGCCCUCUUCAACCGCCUACUCAACGCCGCCCCUUCCCCCACUGGACUCAUGGGAGGGGCUCUUCGUCGCACCUCAGCACAACUCCAGAGGCUACGCCACUCCCCCAGCAUCGACCAAUGCACCAGCGAUGAUGAUGAUGACGACGACGAAAGUGUUAAAAUAGGUAAAGGUGGGUCGCUGCCGUCAGGUCUGGGGCAGGACACCCAGAGCACCGUGUGCAGUGUCAGGGACGAGAAGGGCCUGAGGACACCGCUGCUGGAGGUUCAUUUUGGUGCGAACACCGAGAGGCAACGUCAUUCUGUCUUCAAUGAGAAGAAAGAGAUGAGUGAAGUCGAGGAGAAGAGCGAUGAAGAGUUGUACAUAAGGGAGGAAAGAGAGGAAGUAGAAAGUACAGUUGGGGAGAUUCAAGCUCCUUCAUCACGGCUUCUACGUCCCCCCCAGUCCUCCAGAGAGACGUCCACUCGUUCAGCAUCAGCAAUUCCCUUCACUUCCCGUCACCGCUCUGCCUUCACGUUUCACCCGGCUGCCGACUCCGGUCUGGUGCACAGCAGCUCCCAGCCGGCCAUCAACCACAAUAGAGCUGUGCCCACUAUCCCCAAACCUCCUCUUGGUGGAAACAAAAAGUCUUUCCUCACCGUGCCAUCUCACAACGAACCUCAGCGGUUUCGCAGUGUGAGUAUGGGAUCAGAGCUCACUGGGUCUUAGAUGGACAUGGGGUGGUGAUGUUCCCAUUAACUUUUGGCUGUUUGAAACCAUAAUGAUCGAUCCAUUGCACGUUUUUAUGGAUAAAAUUUGUAAUAUAUACAAAAAUGAGCUUGCACGUCUACUUUGAAUCUAUAAACUUUUGGACCAGAGUUAUCAGUUUUUCCAAUUUCAUAGGAAAACGUUGACAUAGGAGGAAUCAUGUCUUACUGAGUCUGUAUGAAAACAAACAUUUCUGUUCAUUCAAUACAGACAUUACAAGUUUGUGUUAAGCUAGGCUAGACAAGUUGUAUUCUAGUUUAGCCUAGCUUAGAACUUAAACUAGAGACAGGGGUUUUCUGAUUGGACUCCAUCAAAAAAGGAGGAAGCAAUCCCUUACAAUUUUACUCGGUGUCUAAGCAGCUAGCAUGUUACACACCAAUGCAUUCAAUUGUCACCUAGGUUUAGUUGCGAGAGUCAACAACCUCACUGUGAGACAGGACUUUAGAGAUGUAAUAAGCUAGCCUGAUAAUUAUGAUAGCUUAAUAAUUAAGAUAGUUUGUUCAAAAAGCUAGCUUAUAGUAGGCUAAUUUACCUAGUUGCUCCUUAUAUCUGUUGUCAGAUACAGAAAAUAACAACAACAUGUGAUUGUUGGAGUUGCUGUAAGGAACAUUUGUGCUAAACAGGUUGAAGCUAUAUGUGUAAAAAGAAGAUAAAUAGGAGAAAAACGGGCUUCAAAUACAAGUCUUAUGUGUGUGUAAAGUAAAAUAUUCUGGUUAUCUGCACAUAAUAUUGUAGUAUAACAAUUUAUUGCCUGUAACAUCAGAAGUCUGUUGUUAUAUUUAGCAUUAAUCAAAAUUUGGACUGAAAAAAUGCUGCUGAAAUGACAAAUGGGUUACAGUUUUCUUUGCUUACUUUUUUGGAUUGUUUGACUGUAAAUAGAAUGAUUACUAAUGCAUGUCUGUUACUUAAUUUAAACAAAUAUUGAAUGAAGAGAAUGAGAUUACCUGACUUUUUUACACUAAUGACCACAUGAAAAGUUA